AAACGGGCGGAAUUGUGGGUAAAUUACAUGUCUGCGCCCUGUAUUGCCCUAACCGUGCAAAGCCAAGAACUCGUUUAUGGUUUAAACUCCAUGCAAUUCAAAAUCGUCUUGUUGUCGCUCCUUUCUCUCUGAAGAUGUCUGAGAACACGGAGCAGAGGAGCGACCCUCACAGAACCAUGUCGCAGGCAAUGAUUUCCGAAAUGCUGAUAAAGAAUUUCGACAAGUUGACCAACUUUGAUCAGAAAACCUUGAUGUACGGAUCGUUGUACCUGGGGGCGAACGCCGGGUUUACGGGGCUGAUAGCUAACAGCAUGUUGCGGAGGGUCCUGAACGUCGGAGCGGCCCGGAUCGUCGCCAACCUGCCGAUGGCCGUGCUGCCCAUCCUGGUCACACCCGCUGUGUACAACGUGUUGGUCUCCAAUCGCCUUGUGAAAGGGGAACUCGACUGUCUCCCCUGCACAUUGUCUCAGGGCGCACUCAUCGGGAUGUUCAUUGGGGGACUUUACCCCAUCGUCUUGGCUUUACCUUUAAACCUCGGGCUCACGGCCCGGUACGAAUCGGCUCUCCUGCCUGAGAAGAGCAACUUGCUACGCUUCAGCUGGACCAUUCUCCAACCUGUCAUCAAGAAGAUGCUGCCAGUUCUCAUCUUCCAGGCCUUCAUUGGGUCUUACCUGGGCUACAUGCAGUUUCAAGCUUACACAAAUCUAGUCCAGAUAACUUUCAGCAAUUCGGACGAUUUAAAUCGGAUGUAAAUCAGAUU